AUGGCGCGCAAAAAACCGCAGCUGUUUCUCAUCUGUGACAGCGAGGGCUUCACGUGGAUCCCGCAGCUAACCAUCGAGUGGAAAAUCAAGUACCUCUUCUGCAGUGACGCAAAAAUGAAAAAAUGCUUUGUGGAUACAUUCGGUCUCUACGAUACAGAAACCAACACACAUGACAACGUAUUGAAAUUUAUUGAAAAGCAAAAUUUGGACAAUGUCAAUCUGCUCUUUAUAGCCAUGUCGACAUCUAAACUACAUGAGCUUAUCAUGGAGUAUGUAAUAAACCAAAAGAAAUUUUUUUUCAUCUUUAGCUCGAACUUACCAACAAUGAAUAUGGAGAAGUUAAACAAAUUAAAAAUGUCAAUAAAGAAUUUCAACAUGGAUAGUGAUAUUAUUUAUGAUGUGAAAGAGGAGUUUAAAAAAACGAAUAAGCAAUUUUAUUGGAAUAUUUUUAAUGCCUUAACAAGUCAGCGUGUUUUUUACAACCUAAAAAAUACACUUAAGGAGUUAGGGGGUGAGAUAUAUGCUGUUCAAAUUGAGUCUACCUUUAUGCCAUUUUUAACAGAAAAUGAGGAUAUAGAAAAUAAGUUGUUUUACAAAACGGUGUUAAUUAUAUCCCUAAUUGAGUUUUUAUUUUGCAAGCCGAAGAGCGUAUCUGCCAAAUGCUACUCUGUGAAGGGUCAGAACGUCACGGUGAAGUCCAUCGCGGGCAGUGCUCUCUUCGACUCGCUCAACUGCUACUUCAACAUUUCCGACAAUUCGAGCAACAAGAUUUUUGAAGUCAAGGUGUUCGGCGACAACGGCUCGGUGGAGGUUUCCUACAACGCGGAGCAUAACUGCUUCCAACUGCUGCGGUGCCUGAACCACUACGAGUACCCGAGUCUCUUCGUGGAGAGUGCCCACGAGAGCGCCUUGAACGAACUCAAAUACUUCGUAGAUGAAAAAUUGUACACUAAUAAGUAUCUCAAUACGUACACAAACGCUGUGCACACAGCCCUCUGCUUGUGGAAAAGCAACGGAGAAAAUAUUCCCCUGGAGAGUAAGAAGCCCGAUGGGUGUACUGCCCCCCAUGAGUGUGCUGCCACCGAUGCAGAGAUCAUGGUGGAAGCUGUCAAGGACUUCAGCAUAACCGCGUGA